UGGGCAGCCCACUAACACAGCAAGGCGACGUACACAUAGGUAGUAAACCAACCACCCAGCAAACCACCCAGUAGCAGACGCUGACUAGUGAGAGGAGAGCCAUCAUCGACAACAACCGCAGAGACGAGGAAGGGCGCCGCCCCCCCAACACAUAGUACCGCCUCGCAUCCACCGCUAGACUACGUAGGCAGUAUGAAGCGCAAGUUGGACGAGAACGACGAGCCGGUCUCGACACCCACCUCUGGAGCGACCAUCGCCACCUUCGCAGACCUCGGCCUUGACAGCAGACUCCUCCAGGCCACCGCGCGCCAGAACUGGCAGACGCCCACCCUGGUCCAGAGCAAGGCUAUACCGCUGGCCAUCGAGGGCUACGAUGUGCUCGCAAAGGCCAAGACAGGCUCCGGCAAGACUGCCGCCUACCUUCUCCCCGUCCUCCAGGCCAUCCUCAAACGAAAGCAGGUAUCCGCCGACUCCUAUACCGCUGCCCUCGUCCUCGUCCCCACCAACGAGCUGGUGACCCAGGUUGCUAAGGUGCUCGACUCCCUCACGGCCUUCUGCUCCAGAGAGAUCAAAGCCGAAAAGCUGUCGGACAAGCUCUCCGACGCCGCCCAGCGCGCUGUCCUCUCCGACACCCCCGACGUAGUCGUCGCAACACCCGCAAGAGCGUGGCACAAUAUCAAGAAUUCUGCUCUUUCCCUCGAGAAACUGACACACCUCGUCCUGGACGAGGCCGAUCUUGUGCUAUCCUAUGGCUACGACGACGACCUGCAGAACGUAGCUUCCUCCCUGCCCAAGGGCCUACAGACGACGCUCAUGAGUGCGACGCUAACCCCGGAAGUCGACACGCUGAAGGGCCUGUUUUGUCGAAACCCGACAGUACUGGACCUCAAAGAGCCCGAUGCCGACGGGGGAGGUAUUUCUCAAUAUGUGGUCAGAUGUGGUGAAGAUGAAAAAUUUCUCCUUAUAUACUGCAUGGUGAAACUGGAAUUGAUCAAGGGGAAGGCGAUAAUCUUCGUCGGCGAUGUAGACCGGUGCUACCGUCUCAAGCUGUUUUUCGAGCAAUUUGGUAUUCGGAGCUGCCUGCUGAACUCGGAGCUGCCAGUCAAUUCUCGAAUCCACGCCGUCGAAGAAUUCAACAGAGGGGUCUACAACAUCAUCAUUGCCUCAGAUGAGAACGAGGUAGUAGGUGACGAAAACGAUCAGGCCGACUCGGCCAAUCGAGAAGAGUCGGCAGAUGACGCCAAGAGUGACCGUAAGAGCACUACCAACGCGGCCGAGGAGAGCCAGAGUACGACCAUCACACCCCUAAGUAAAAAACGUAAAGCUUCACGUCAUGACAAGAAUUACGGAGUUUCCCGAGGGGUCGACUUCAAGAACGUCGCAGUGGUCAUCAAUUUUGACCUGCCGCUAUCAUCGCGCUCUUACCUGCACAGGAUCGGGCGGACCGCACGUGCGGGCCAGACGGGCAUGGCUUUGUCCUUCGUCAUACCGAAGGAUAAGUUUCGGAAGCAUAUGCCUACCAGCAUCGCUACGGCGGAGAACGAUGAAAAGGUGCUGUCCAAGAUUAUUAGGCAGCAGGAGAAGAAGGGUCAUGAAGUCAAGGAUUACAACUUUGACAUGAAGGCAGUGGAGGCCUUUCGGUAUCGAAUGAAUGACGCCCUUAGGGCCGUGACCAAAGUGGCCAUUCGCGAGGCCAGGUUACGAGAACUCAGACAGGAAUUGCUCAAGAGCGAAAGCUUGAAGCGGCACUUCGAGGAGAACCCGUUUGAGGUCCGCCAUCUACGGCACGACGUCGAACUCCGGACGGCGAGGAGCCAGCCUCACCUGAAGCAUGUACCCGAUUACCUGCUACCGAAGGAUGGGAAGAAGGCCAUCACCUCGAACGAGGUCGGGUUCGUGCCGUUUAGAAAGGAACGCGACGGGAAGGGCCGGAAGGGCAAGUUCUUCAAGACUAGGGGUAGGCGGAUAGCCGGACGUAAGAAUGACCCAUUGAGGUCGUUCAAAGCAAGAAAAAAGGCCAAGUAGUUCGAUACUUGCGAGCUUACAGACGAGGAUCACCCUGCAUGGCAUAUCUCUUCUUCCAGUCAUAGCUAUAGAUACCCACAAUACUAAGUAAAGACCAUUUACAGUGGCAAUAUCAAGCGAGCCACGUCGCCCUUGAGGUUGGAAUAUUGCAGAUGACACGGGCCUCUCGAUUGUGUCCGCCCAUACCUGUCACCUCCACGGCCACGCCAGCCUAUCUAGAUAGACAUCAUUACAUCCACACACA